UGAACAUUGGGUGGGCAUAUUGAAAAUGCCAUGCAAUUUCAAUAAAGACAAACAAAUGUAAGAUAAUCCAAUUUAAGAUAAUUCUGUUAACCAUUGUAACUCUUUCAGCUCAGGAAGCUUUAUCGUCUGGGAUUCAUGCCGGUCCUAAUAGGAAACACAGCAAAGGGAAGCAGCUGGGCAGCUGACGUUAUGGAGCCUUCUAACCCUCAAUCAGAAAAAACGGCAGAAAGCCAAUUCAAUUGAUGUGGAGCAGAAGACAAUAAAUAAGAAGGAGAGUAGCACUUCAUCCGCCUCUCCAAUUCCACCUGACCGUUCUGAACGGAAUGUCUCCUCCACCUCUGUCCCCUCACCCUCUGACCAACUCUCCUCCCUCCAUCCACCUCCCUCUCCUGUUAAAUGUUCCUCUCAGCCUUGCUCUCCUGCUAAACACCCCUCUCUCCCCCGGUCACCUGCCAAACACCCUUCCCCAGUGAAAUCCACUCCAAUGGUGUCCCUCCCUAGUUCUCUCUCUCCUACCAACCUUCUGGACCGUCAUGGACACACCAGCCAAGAUGGCGCAACUGUCAGACCUCUGUCUCUUCAGGACUACUUUAGCCCAAGGCCGCAGAGGCCUAUCUCAGCCGCCGGAAGCCUGACUCUUCCCAGGGCCAGCUCAGCCACCAGAGGGUCAGAGGAGACCCAGGGGGCCAGAGGAGAAUGGGGGGCCGGGGUCAACAUGGAACAUCUUGGGUUGCCUAACAUUGGCAACACUUGCUUCCUUAACGCCACCCUGCAGUGCCUUCUGGUCCUGCCUUACUUCUCAAAGGAAAUCCUACGCCAGGAACAACUCUGGAGCUCCUCCCCCUUCUCCAACCUGCUCAGGGCUCUGUCUGAUGUGCACCGUUCGGGUCUACCUGACAGUGGCGCAAACCAGGCCUCAAAAGCAGUCCUCAUGUGGAAGGUCAAGUGCUCCUUGUCAGGACAAGAUUUGAAGUAUCUGGGGGACUCGCAACAGGACGCACACGAGUUACUUGUGAAUAUGCUGUGCCAGCUGAAGGAGGAGGGCAUGACACUGAAGAUGCUCGGGGUGAGCUAUACCUGCCCUGUUUCCCAGCUGGAGUUCCAGCUUGUGUCGGUGCGCACAUGUACCAGCUGUGGGCGCGAGUCGUCCACCAGAGAGGACUACAACAACCUCUCAUUGUACUUCAGCCCUGAGCGCACCUUGCUGAGCAGCCUAGCACUCACUUUCAAGGGCAAAAAGGUUGAAUUCAGAUGUGAGGGCUGCAAAGGCCUCCAGGCCUCAAAGGUGGAGCAGUUCCACACACUGCCUCUUGUGCUGGUUCUGCAUCUGAAGAGGUUUGGAGGACCUGGGGGGUUGGAGAAGCUGGAGGCUCCUCUUUUGUUUCCUCCAGAGCUGAGGCUCUCUGAUCUCUGUGGGGACAUGGUUCCAACCCUGCACAUUGCCAGCCCACAGGCCCUCACCAACCAGGCCCCCAGCAUCCAGGUGUCCAUCCCCCAGACCAAAACCAGCCAGGUCUCCAGCCCCCAGACCCUCACCAGCCAAGUCUCCAGCCCACCUGGACAGGCCAAAGACAGCGCCCUCUGCUGUUCAGAAGCAGCAGCCAGUGAAGUCAGUGAAUGGCUACUACCAGCUGACUGGCGUAGUCUCUCAUUUGGGAGGCCUCGCAAGCUCCGGGCACUACGUUAGUGACAUCCUGAAUGCCAGUGGAAACUGGUUCUGUUGUAACGAUAGCCAGGUGUCAAUGUCCAAUGAAGCCACUGUGCUGAGGACCAGAGCCCGGAGUGCUUACCUGCUCUUCUAUAUGUUCAGGACAGGAGAGCAGCAGGCCCCAGCACACAGGGCCUAAUAGGGCCACCAGCACCAGCCUCAACAGGGGCAGAACCUGGCCCAGCCUCAACACCCUCAGCCCAGCCUCAACACCCUCAGCCCAGCCUCAACACCCUCUGCCUAGCCUCAACACCCUCAGCCCAGCUUCAACACCCUCAGCCCAGCCUCAACAGGGGUAGUACCAGGCCCAGCUUCAACACCCCCAGCCCAGUCUCAACAGGGGUAGAACCAGGCCCAGCCUCAACACCCUAAGAUCUGCCUCGACAGGGGCAGCACUGGGCUCAGCCUCAACAGGGGCAGCACUGGCUCAGCCUCACACCCCCAGCCCAGCCUCAACACCCCCAUGUUUGCCCCUCUUCAUGUCUUUCCCUGACGAUAUUCCCACUGCUGUGUCAAAAAAUAAAAU